GAGAGGGAAGACGGUGGUGCUGGUUUAAAAAAAAGUAGCUAGACGCACACAGGAGGAGCCAUUUCUCACAGGUCACACAGGUGUGUGUGUGUGGAGAGGACUGGGACACGGCCAUCACAGGUCACAGAAGCGGAUUGUCAAAUCUCCGACUCGGCUGCCCGAAGAGACGAAACGGACCCGCAAACAGGGGUAGAGAAGUGGGGACAGUGGUUUGCGCACAGCAUUAUGGACCCAGCAACCCGAGUCUGAUACCCAGCCGUGGCGUGUGCAGGAGCUGAAAGAGAAUCUAGAGGAGCUGGGAGGACACGAGAUAAAGAGUGAGGGAGAGCGAAAGCGAGAGAUAGGAGGAAGAGCGGAACGGCAGCAGCAGCAGCAUCGGAGACAGAGCAGCAAGGAGAGAUCGCGAGAGCCAGGCUGGUGCAGGGACAAGAGUGUCGGGGAGCCACCAUGAGUUCGAAGGCAAAGCUCGUUUACUUCGAUGGACGUGGACGCAUGGAGUCCAUUCGAUGGGUGCUGGCUGCCGCUGGCAUCGAGUUUGAAGAGGAGUUUCUGAAGACGAAAGAUGAAUAUCAGAAACUGCUCAAAGACGGCGUCCUGCUGUACGAGCAGCUGCCCAUGGUGGAGAUGGACGGCAUGCGCCUGGUGCAGACUCGUGCCAUCAUCAACUAUGUCGCCGACAAGGCCGGCAUGCAGCCCAGAGAUGCGCGCCAGAGAGCACACGUGGACAUGUACGUGGAGGGCAUGCGAGACCUGGGGGAGCUGAUGCUGCCCCUCGCCUUCUUGAAGCCGGAGGAAUUCGAGCAGAGGCUGAAACAGGUGGAAGAUAAAGCCUCCAAGCGCUACCUGCCCGUCUACGAGAAGGUACUUGGCGAUGGUGGUGGUGGAGGCUUCCUGGUGGGCACCUCCCUCACCGUGGCCGAUGUUCUGCUGCUGGAGCUGCUGCUCGCGCUGGAGGAGAGAUUCCCUAAACUUCUCUCCGGCUUCCCGCACCUCCAGGAGUUCAAGGGACGCCUGAGUCAGGAGCCGAACAUCAAGCGCUUCCUGCAGCCGGGCAGCCAGAGGAAGGCCAUGCCCGACCAGGUGUACGUAGACACGGUGCGCUCCGUCUACAACAUUUAACCGGGCGGCGCGUGCGGGAAAACACUGGAACCAACGACCUGCCACGGCUCCUCCGUCGCCCGCCUGGCUGCGUGCAAUCAAGGGCGAGUUCGGCUCUCGUGCUGAACAAGGCAACUGGCACGUCCGGCUCGUGAUGCGAAAGCUUCCUGCUGAGCAUUUAACAAGUCAAAGUCGUGCGGUAAACCUUCGUGCUAUUGGAAUCAAUGAGACAAUACGUGGCAGAAAAUAGUGCGAAUAAUAUAAAUUAAAUGUGGUAAAUGAGACGAGGAAGAAUUGAUUACUGAAUCGAGAUCCAGAAUUGACUGUCCAUCUAAUCACAGGGGUUAGUGAAUCAUUAGAUACCUAAUUAAUCAUACAUUUUAGUUUUGAGGCAUGUGAUACAUGAAGUUGGGCUCCAGGGUAAGCCAAGGUUCACGUUGGUUGUCACUUUGCUGUCUCAUCUUCAAAAGUCGUGCGGUGUCAAGGUCCUGUUUUAAAAUAUCCUCAUCACAGAUGGCAAAAGCCCCCAGUCAACCUUUGGUCAGUGGGAGGUCACUCAUCAUCCUCUGCUACCUCCACAGUGAGGAAUUCCUGUCCCCCAGCUCACCAUGCUGUCGACUUCUCGCUCCUGUUCAAAGUCCAGGAUCAAAAGCUACCAUACGUUCUGCCUGUGACCGACUCUGCCCCACUCUCUCUACAAAAUGAACAUCGUCUUCAGAUGCCGUCGCAUUUAGUUUCCUAUUUAAAUUCACAUUCCAUUGUAUCGUUUGGUGUUCUAUUAAAUUCUUUACAUUAAAUUCAAACGCCCGCUAUGCUUGCUCGAUUGUGCAUUGGGGAGGCGUUCAUCUCCACGGGGCACAGACUUCAUACGUGCAUUUGUAAUCUCGCCGAUAACCACCAGAAACCCUCGACUCGUAGGAGACCCUGAGCUGCCACUGUGUGGGAAGAGCCCCCUCCUGAUCUAAUCCAGCUGAGGCCCUUAUCCCAGACUCCCUCGGUGCCCACCCACCAACAUUGACAUGCUUGAAUAUAACCAUAUUAAGGCUUUUAGGUGCCUUGAACUGGCUUUAGGUAAUCAUUGUAUUGCUUGUGGGUUUACUGCUGAAGAAUGAGUAAAUGCUUUGCCUUCAGGUUUACUGUUUCAUGAUAAUGUAUUCAGACUGGUUGUAUCUCAAUGUACUGUAUACUCUUUACAUGAAAUACACUGAGGAUUAUAAAUGCAAAGAGUUGUCUUUACUUAAAAUCAGUUUCGUUUUCAAUCUUGAAAUUUCAUGUGUAACUGUUUAAAUAAACAUCCAAGACCUCCA